AUGGGGUCACUUGAUGGCGACGCUGCCACCUCGCCGUCCUUCUCCAGCACCGGGAGCAGCGGCGACGGCAACGGCGGCGGCGGCGGCGGCGGUAGGGUCGGGAUAUACGCGUGCUUCGCGCUUGGCGGGUCGAACAGCCUCGAGUGCUACGAGCCCGGGGCCAACACGUGGCGCCGCGUGGGCGAGCUCCCCGGCGUCCCCGACGGCCACGUGCUGAAGGGCUUCGCCGUCGUCGCGCUCGGCGACUUCGUCUACGUCAUCGGCGGCCGGCUGUGCCGGAGGGAGCGCGGCGGCGGCGGCGAGUACCGCGACACCGACGUCGACGUGCGCGGCGACGUGGUCCGGUACGACGCGCGCCGCGGGGAGUGGGGGCGGUGCGCGCCGCUCCUCGUCCCGCGCUUCGACUUCGCGUGCGCGCCGUGCGGCGGGAAGAUCUGCGUCGCCGGCGGGCAGCGCUCGCUGUCCGGCGCCCGUGGCACGGCGGCGGCGGAGGUGUUCGACGCCGACAAGGGCGGGUGGUCGCGGCUCCCCGACAUGAGCACGCGGCGGUACAAGUGCGUCGGGGUGACGUGGCACGGCCGCUUCCACGUCGUGGGGGGGUUCGCGGAGAGCACGUCGUCGUCGUCGCCGGCCGCCGCCGCCGACGACGAGGCGGCGGCGGCGCCGCCGGGGAGGGCCACCGCGCUGCUGCUGCUGCUGCCGCAGUCGUCGGCGCUGGAGCGGAGCUCGGCGGAGGUGUUCGACUGCGCGAGGGGCGUGUGGGAGAUCAUCCCGGGGAUGUGGCAGCUCGACGUGCCGCCGAACCAGAUCGUGGCGGUGGCCGGCCGGCUGCUCAGCUCCGGCGACUGCCUCAACAGCUGGAAGGGCCACGUCGAGGUGUACGACGGCGAGCUCAACAUCUGGAGCAUCAUGGACCACUCGGCGAUGCCGGACAUGCCGCUGCUCGCCGCCCUCCCGCCGUCGGCGCAGCGGCGGUACCACACCAUGGCCGUCGUCGGCAAUCAGCUCUACUUCCUCGCCGGCUACCAGGUGGCGGCGGGCGGCGACGGCGGCUUCAGGACCGUCUCCCUGGUGCACAGCUUCGACACCAGUGCAAACCCCGGGCUGAUGCCGCCAUGGAGAAGCUUCCAGCCCACCAUGGAUCAGGAUGGCGUGGAAGACGGCAGCAAGGAAUUGUUCAGCCAGUGCUGCUCCGUGCAGCUCUAGUUGCAGAAUUACACUACACAAGACCAAAGUCUACACAGUAUAAUGUAUCAUAGUUUUGAUCACAGCACCAUACUCUGUAUCUCAUCUGAAUGUGUGUGACCCAUAAAGAUGGUCUCAUCUUUGCUGAAAAAUGGAUCAGUGUAAUUGAUUGCAAGUAUCUGAAAUAUGGGAAAUGAAAUCAUAGAAAAGAAGGCA